AUGGCCGACCCCUUCGCGGCCGCGGACGACCCCCCCCCCGUCGCCGCCGACCCCUUCGCCGCGGCGGACGAGGCCGCGCCCCCGGCGCAAGAGGACGCCUUCGGCGCCGACCCUCUGGCCGCUGCGCCGGUACAGCAGGACGACCCCUUCGGCGCCGUCGACCCGCCCGAACCCCCGGCCGACCCCUUCCUCGCGGCCGACGCCAGCCCCCAAGCUGAGGCACAACGAGCCUUCGAGGCGAAGGUCGCGGAGCGCGCCGCGAAGGAGGAAGCUUUGACCAAGGAGCGCAAAGAUAAAGCGGAACGAGACCUGGACACGUUCUACGACCAGAACACGGACAAAAAAGCGCAAAAACAAGCGUCGAACCGGGACCACGACGAUGAGCUCAAAGCGAUGUUGGAGAGACCGGUCCCGGCUAACCCCUUCGAGAAGGUCGUCGAGUUGAUCGGCGGCGCGCAAGCCGACGUUGAUAAUGAGGACACGUCCAUCAUGCGCCGCCUGCUGGUGCGCCUCAAGAACGACCCGAAGCGGAGCAACGACGUCGACAUGGACGCGCUGGGGUCGUCCUAG